AUGCCGUAUAAUGGAAUAAACCAGAUCAAUCACCAAGUCAUCGUUCCAGGCGAAGACAGUUUAGAGACUUCCGGAAGAUCAAGUUUACUCUAUGAUUCUUACGAUGAAAUAAGUGAUAACAGUAGUGAUGGUGGUAGCUCUACUGCAGAACUUGAUACGUCAUAUGACAACUAUGACAGGAUAGAUGUGAAUGAUGAUGAUCCAUAUCACGAAAAUGAGAUACUUAAGGAAGCACGCCAUAAACUUUUUACUCUUAGGACAAAAACAACAGGGUUUCGAGCAAGAACUGCAUUACCAUAUAAAUAUUUAUCAAACAAUCACUAUUUUAAUGAUUUUUUAAAAAAUAUGAAUGCUUCUCAAAAAAUAUAUAGACCAAUAGAUAAACAGGGAUUUAAUAACCUUCAACCAUUUAACCAUUUUUAUAUAUAUAAUGAUCGGCAACUACUGAAUGCACAACUUAUGACUUAUGAUUUUAGAAAAGAAAGUAUGCGUAACGAAGAAUAUUCAAUUGAAGAUACAGAGAAAAAUUCUCAGUUUAUUUAUUCAACUUUAUUAUUCAGCUAUGAUUCCUUUCGUUUUAUUGGAAGUCCGACAACUACUAAAUUACGUGAAGGAAUUAGUGAUGCCAUUGUUGUUAACGCCUGUAAUGAUGUAAUGGAUGACAUUCUCUUAUUGGUCCAACCUAAUGGGAUGCUAUUGUCAAUCCUGCCAACAAAGAAUAUAGGGAAUUCUGAAAUUGAUUUUAAUUUGGAAAUGUCCACUGUUUUGCAAUAUUGGGACCUAGGAUGUCGUGGUGAUUGGAAAAUUACAGCGGAACAAAGUUCACGUAUCGGUUUGAAUUUUAUUAUAACAGAUACAGUUUCUGGAAAUAUAAAGUUUUUCAGAUUUUUAGAUAAAUAUGAGUUUACUAUGGUGAAUAAUCUAUGCUUAGAUGAUUACACAAUACAGUCCUGCGAAUUUUUUGUUAGUAAUGUAAAAAAUUAUUCUGCAAAUAAUAUCAAUGCUAUCGAGGAGAAUGAUACUUCCGAUGAUAUAAACAAUAGUCAAAGUAAUGACCCUAUUAUGCUUUUUGUUGCAACAACACAUGCUGAAAGAGUAGUUCAUCUUUGUAUAGAGUGGAGUAAUUUAGAUCCUUACCACAAGAGAGUACAUCAGUUGACAUACCAAAAGAAUUAUUAUAACUAUAACUCAAUACCACUACAACAGAAUAGAGUUCUUACUAGCCAGAAGGAUGGUCUAACAUUAAUAUCUGCAAAUCAAAUUAUGUCAGGUGAAACCUCUUUUAUUACGGCACAUUUACCUAAUAAUAUGAAAGGAAUAAUAUCUUGGUUUUCAUGUAGUCUUUUAUUGAAAAAACUACAAUCUCUAAAUUCUGAACAAUUUGAUCAAUACAGCGACUGUAUAGUUGCAGCGUCUGCAACAGGAACAAUAUUUGCCUGUUUAAUUAGCAGUACAACCAUAGACCUACACCCGCUUACAAGAUUUAAAGGUGUUUCAUUCAUUUCUCCUUCAUAUCUACCAUCUUUAGAAAAUGAAAGUUUACGCUAUAACAUGAAAGUAAUGAGUUUCAAUAGAAUGGUUAAUAUUAGAAUUAACCUGUUGAAUACACUGAAUUCCACGUCUGUGUUGGCAUAUCAAAAUGUUCUAUCAAGGAAAACUGAGGAUAUUAGUUCUGACAAUAAUACCAAGAUCGCUAUAAUAAAAAAUAAUGUGUGGGUAUUUUCCAAUUCAUCCGUAUCUCAAAUUACAAAUGUCAUAAACGAUCGAGAUCCAUUACCCUAUUUGAAAGUCUCAGAAGCGGUGGAGAAUCUUCGGAUAUUUAAUAUUUACAAUAAUAUAAAAACUUUUAAACUCGAUGCAUUGACUUCGUGGCAAACAUUUUUGGAUAUAGAGUUUCCGGAUGAUAGUCUACUUAUCAUUGGAACAGAUAAAGAACAGGUAAUGGAUAUAUAUUUACUCAAACCCCUUCACGAUGCUGAAAAUGAGGAGACUAAUUUUGAAAUUAUCAACUUAGAAGGAAUAUUAGUAAACAAUUUUAAUACUACCUCAAUUCCAUUACUCUUUGAGCCAUAUAAAGAAUUUUUAAUUUAUGUCGACGAAGAAUGUGUAUCCGUUCUUUCUAUCGAAACCGGUUCCGUUAAAACAUACACUGCUGAAUUUAAAAUUGACGGGGCUACCUUUUCAUUAGGAGUGAUAGUCCUCUGGAAUUCUGAAUCCUCAAUACUUAAUCACUUUUGCCACAAUAUAAUUGAAUGGUUCCAUGAUACGACGGGGGAUGUACAUUUUGAAAGCGUGUCUGAAAAUAAAAGUGGUGCUGGCUGCAGCAAAAGUGGCAAUAAGCUAUAUUUUAUAGAUAAAUUAAAUUAUGAAAACUCUGACAAGUUUGAAUUAUUUUUAGCUGUACCAUAUUUAUUGUAUCCAACGCUAUAUCAAAAGAAUACCGAUAAACGUAAACGUGAUAGUAUAUCAACCCAGGUUAACGAUUUUAUAGUUCUGGAUGGAUUACGUGUAUAUUCAGCAGAGGGUGCGGUAAUCCAGGGUAUUAAACUUGGUGAUGACAAAUACCGAAGUAUUUAUCUACCAUUAUUACCGACAGGGCCACAAGAUAUACAACUCAGAAAGUUCACGAGAAGUUCUGUUUUGGCUUUUACUGCCAAUCGUGUGUUUAUCAUUAAUUUUAGAGAUUUGAACAAUUAUGACUUGCAUUUUCCUUUCUUGUAUGAGCUCAAGAUACCAUACCAGGGGAAAGAAAAUUUGAUUCUAGAUAUUUCUGUCCAGUCAGAUGAUGAGAUAUCGAAUGAUCCCAUGAAAUGCACUCUUUACAUUUUAUUUGCCAAUGGACUAAAGAUUUUUAAACCAAAUUACUACAGUUGGACAUACACCAAUUGCCUUUUAAAAUAUACGAGAAGUAAUAAUAAAACGUUUAUUUAUCUUGAAAGACUUAAUAGACUGGCUGUCAUUAAUUACGAUUACAAUGACUGGUACUGUAUUAAAUUAGAAAAUGGUAAAGUUCUAGCAUUAGAUAAUUCUGUUUUCGAAAAAGAUCAUAAACUAAUUAAUGUUGUAGACGUAAACAUACAUUCCAAAAGUAAGCAAUAUGAUACAUUACUUUUCGUUUUUGAGAGAUUAAUUAAGGUUGUUGAAGUUUCUUCAAAGAAUGGAAAAGUUACUGUAAGAUGCUUACAAACUAAGGUUUUUAAUGCCGAACUCAGUAAACAAGUGUGUGUGACGCCUGAAAGAAUCUAUUUAUUACGUGUUAAUAUGCAAGAAAGCGGAAAUAGUGAUACGUUUAGUAGAGAUUACAAUAUUGAGGAUAAUAGGGACUCUAUGUUUCAUAUUAUUCUCAAGGGUAUUGAUCAAGAAAUAUUUAUUGAGAACGAAGUUAAGUUCUACGGAAGAGGAGACUUAGGAAUGUUCCAUUUUUUUGCUAAUAAGUAUGCAAUUAUUACUGAUUCUACACAAUCGAGAUUAUUACAGGAUCGUAAUGUAGACCAAAAGGGUACGUUUGACCCAGCAUCAUUUUUUGUAACAGACUUACCAACCGAUUCUAAAGUUGUAAAAAUAAUACCCAUCACUGAGUUUGUUAGUGUUGUUGCCGUAGAAUUAGGAGAAAGAGCCCAAUAUUCAUCCAAAUUAAUAUUUUUGGGGUACCAUGAUAGAAAUUUCAAUGCUGUGAAAACUGAAAGAGAGGCCAACGAUUAUGCUGAAGUAUUACACAGUAUAAAUAGAGCGGCAUCAGAGGGUGCAUCUUUUAUUGAGAAUAUGGCAGAACGCUCUUCAAGUAGCUAUUAUAAUGAAUCACUAGAGCUACUAUACGAACAUCCUCAUAGGGGUGACUCUCGACGUGAAAAUUCGACUAUAAGAAUGCCAAUAUCUGGUGGAACCAUAGAUUCGAAUAAAUAUGCGAUACAAUCUUACGCAUUAUCGCUGAGUGAUCCUGUAUACCAUUGCAAGUAUAACGGUUACACUAGAAUUAUAAAUAUUCAAGAAAAAAUACAAGAUAUGACAUAUAGUCCUGACCAAAAAAUAUUAGCUGUCCUAUGUUCAGAUCAAACAGUAUUGCAGUUUAAAAUGGGAGGAACCUACAAUCAAGAAUGGAUAAACAGUUCAAUGGUAGACGCCUCUUAUAAUAACGAUGCAACUUAUAUCCCUCCACGAUCAAAGAGACCUAAAGAGAACCACGGUAUGCUAUUGAGAGAUAUUGACACAUAUGGUAGAAUUUGGACAUAG